AUGCCGUACAGACCUGAAGCCGAAUUGAAACGUCCAGAUUUAAAAGGCGAAUUCCUCUGCGGUCAUUGCGGGAAAACAUUCUGCCACGCAGCUUCGCUCAAUCGCCAUCGCCUCAAUUUCCACGGCGACGAUCAACAAUGCCUCAUUUGCAUGCAACAAAUCUCACAAAAUGACACAGUUCGAAGACAUAUGCAUAUAAAUCACGGGAUUUUGCGUGUCUUCACAUGCGGUUGUUGUAAUUGGACAUUUCCAGAUAAAAAGGUUGGUUUGAUUAUUUAUUUUCAUUUUUUUAAUUAAAAAAAAUCUAACAUUCAUUUAAAAAAAUUAAUUUUCAGGAGUUGCAUUCUCACAAUAAUUGUAUGAUGAAAACAGGGAAGCCAGGAGAAGCCAAAGCGAUUGCAAUCAGCAGUCGACCACCAGGUAAACUCUUACCAUUUUGUUAUCAUUCAGUGAAAUCUGUUUGAUACAUCCAAAACCGCAUUCUCUCUUUCGCUCUCUCAUAUAAAUUGAUUGAUUGACAUUUUUGUUGAUCAUUAUAAUUAUAUGCGAGAGAAGAGGGGACCCCUAAUGCUUUAGUUGCUUUUUUUAUAUAACUAUAGUUGCGUUGCGUUGAAUGACCUUGUACUAGAGUUUUAUUUGAAAGAUGGGAUAAGUAUUUAUGAUAGAGGUGAAAAUUGGUCCUAGAAAAUGUAGCUUUGGAUUAUCUUUUGGAGAGGGGAAAUCGGCUGAAUUGAAAAUCUUGAAACGUAUAUUUUUUGGGAAUUUCAUUUUUUUUAAGAUGUUAGGAUUUCUGAAUUUUUUAAAGGUUUUUUGAAUUUUGAACAAGGUCCCGACUCCUGAAAAUGCCACGUGGAUUUUAUAGCCUACCAAAAUUCUACGUGGAUUUUCUAGGCUCCUGAGAAUACCACGUGGAUUUUCAAGCUUCCUGAAAAUUGCCACGUGGAUUCUAAAGCCUUUUGAACAUACGACGUGGAUUUUCUAGCCUCCAAAGAAUGCCACGUAGAUUUUUGAGUUUUCUGAAAAUGCCACGUGGAUUUUAUAGCCCUCUGAAAAUGCCACGGGGAUUUUAUAGUCUCCCAAAAUUGCCACGUGGGUUCUAAAGCCUCCUGAACAUUCCACAUGGAUUCUGUAGCCUCCAAAAAAUUAUACGUGGAUUCUCGACCCCUCUGAAAAUGCUACGUGGAUUCUAUAGGCUUCCGAAAUUUCCACGUAGAUUUUCGAACUUCCUGAAAAUGCCACGUGGAUUUUCUAGCCACCGGAAAAAAUAAUUUGGGGCAAAACUCGAAAAAUAUACUGAAUGUUCAAUUUCAAAUUUUCCAGGAUCCCUCUCACAACAUGAAUUACGCGGUGAAGAACGUACACCAACUGCACGGGCUCUCAAAAAGAAGAUCAAAACCGAAAACGCGUCACCAAACUCCGGCACCAACACACCAUUGUUCACACCAACAAAACCAUCAUCAAAUCAAGCGGCGGCCACAAAUGCAUUAUUCGGAAUGGGUUUGAAUCCGAUGAUGAUGGUUUCGGGUCAACCGAUUCCAACCAAUUGGAUUCAGGCACUUUUCAUGACAAAUCCAUCACUUCUUCCGUUUAUUCAACAAACUCAAUUGAAUUCUUCUUCUUCACAACAAGAAUCAAAUGGACAAUCGGAAGAGGAUAAUGCUUUUGAGACUUCUUCAAAUUCUGAAAGAGCUUCGACUUCAUUAUCUGGAAAUAGUUUUGUUUCAUCGAUUUUUAAUAACAAUGGAAUUCAUCAAGCUGAAGAAGAGGAAGAAGAAGAGGAUGUUUUUAUUGAUAAUGAGGUUAAGGUAUGUAUUUAAAUUUUACUCUAGUGAUUUACAAAUAAUUAUUGAUUUUUUUUGUAGCCACAAAAAAUGGAUGAUGAUCAUCUUUUGGUUAGCAAAUCAUUUGCAAGAGAUCUUUUGAUUGUUCGAACUGAUCCAUCAGAAUCUUCGACAAGCAGUGGGCCAGAAUCUGGAAUCGGAUCAUCUGGCGAUGAUGUAUUUACACCUUCACCAUGUUCAUUGUCACUUCGAUCGAAGGAAGGUUCACCAAAUGGAUCUGUUGAAGAAGAACAUGAGACAACUUCAUUUUCCUCACCAUUAGAUGUUGUUAAUUUGCUAGCUUCGCCUGGAAAUCGAAAACGGAAAUCGGUGGAUGAUAUCGCGUCGCUUUUAUUCAAGAAAAAGCUGAAGAUGGGUUAA